CUCCAUCGAGAACGUAAAGGCCUUAUUAAAAACACACAACAACGUUUUUAAAAACUUGAAGCAGUAUAUUGACAAAGAGGAGAAGAGACUUGCGAUCUUGAAAGGGUACCUACAAACAUUUACAAUUGAAAAUGAACUGGCAAACAAAAAUACACUAAAGUAUGUAGAGAACCCAAUCAAUGCUGUCACUUUGAUACAAAGGCUGUCAAUUGAUUUUGAACAAAUAAAAAAGGUGGCUUCAGAACCAACAAACUACACGUGGGAUCAGAAUUUUCUAUAUCCAUCCAAGGAGGAUUUAACCGGUGCAGCCAUGUCUAUAUCCAGGUUGCAAAGAAUCUACAUGUUAAAUACUACAGAUCUCGCUGAGGGAAAGCUGGUGGCCACUUACAGGCAAGACCAAAAUAUUAUUCCAGAAAUGUUUUCUCCUAUGACAGCCAAUGAUUGUUACAACUUAGCACUUAAGCUGUAUGAAAAUGGAGAUUACUUGUACGCUAUCGAGUGGUUCUCAGAGUCGCUCGACAAACUCGAGCGUAUGGGUGGAAAUCAGACUUACCCCUUCACAGCUAUAGAAAUCAUUGAACGCAUCGAGAAGACAAUUGAACUGUUCGAAGUAAUUAUAGGUUACAAAGAUUUUAUGACUGAGCUGUAUAUAUGGAUAACAAAAAUAUACAAUUUUUUUAAUGGUAAUGAUAAAAACGUAAUUAGAAGCCCAUAUUACACUAUUUUCGACGACUUUCGAGAUUCAGUUCUUCUGAUGAACAGAUAUACCGAACUAUGUCGCGGUACCACGAACAUCUCUUUAACUACUACAAGCAACUUACACUGUUCGUAUUUAAAGACCAACACAUUUCUAAGUAUCGCACCGAUAAAAAUGGAGGAAUUACACAAGGAUCCAGACAUUUACCUAUUUCAUGAAGUUCUAAGCGAUAAUGAAAUUGAGAUUUUAAAGGAAAUGGCGUCUCCUAAGUUGAGACGCGCCACUACAACAUUAGACGAAGACGGGACAUUUAUACCGUAUUAUUUAUUUGACGCACGCAUUGGCAAAAAUGCGUGGUUAUUUAGUAGCAACAAUAUCAUUCCAAGAGUGAUAGAGCGUGAUACGGUGGAUAUAGUGAGUGACCGUACUGCCGAUUUCACGGGUAUGAGUAUGACCCAUACUGAGCCACUGCAGGUGCUUAACUAUGGAAUAGCAGGUCACUAUGUCAUGCACUACGAUACUGAGAGUAAUAAAGAUCGAAAAUAUUUGGAGACAACUGGGGACAGAAUAGCCACAGUACUGUUUUACAUGUCGGACGUGAGUCAAGGUGGUGCAACUGUGUUUCCUAGACUCCAAUUGGCGGUGAAACCUAAAAAGGGUACCGCUAUUUACUGGAUGAAUCUGUGCCCUUCUGGAGAGAGAGACGGAAGAAUGUUACACGCCGCCUGUCCUGUGCUGUUUGGGGAUAAGUGGGUGUCCAACAGUUGGAUCCAUGAAGCCGGUCAGGAGCUAAAAAAGCCGUGUGGCCUAUUGCAAGACACCAGCGAACAACUCACGUGACAGGGUAUCAUGUCUCCGCUCGCUGUUGAGCGCAUCUCUAGCUUAAGAUCUCUAUAGCUUCAGGACUAUUCCUGUCAUUACUAUGACAACCGAUAAUAUUCUAAAUUCUAAGAAGU